UGGUCUGCGCUCCGACGACCGUCCGUUCGUGUCCGGACACGACCGAUCUCGCUUCCCGACAGCGGGGGGCGUCAUUUCGUGCCCUUGAUCUGGGUCGCCGGGGCUCUUAAUUCGCGCUUGGAAUCGGCGCCUGCAUCCCGCAGCUGAGUGUGAUUUGGCACCGAUCCAUCUGUCUGGUUUCUGGCACUCUGCUCGCGAAUUCGUGGUGGGAUUCCGUCUUAUUACCCGCGCCGGGCGAUGAUCAGGGAAUGUGAUGGGGAUGGUCGGUGUCCGUGACCGACCGAUCUGCACGUUCUGCGCUUAGCUGCUCGUGUUCUAUUCGCCCCAUAUGGGUUAAGGUUAAUUGUGCAUGCUUGGGAUUAGGAAGUUAGCUUGUGAUUGUGGCGCAGAGGAUAUUCUAUAGCAUUGAAUGGUGGUGGUGGCGGUGAGUUGGGGGUAAUUAACGGUGGCAACGGACUAACGAUCGAGGGAGAGGCGGAAUGGUUGGGUGGUGAGAGCUACUGCUUCAUGGAGGGAGAGCUACUUCCGGAGUUGGGUGGUGAGAGCUACUUCAUGGAGGGAGAGGCGGAGUUGCCAAGAAAAUGGCGAUGAUGGUGGAUCCUCCGAAUGGAAUCGGAAGCAAAGGAAAGCAUUACUACACUAUGUGGCAGACCUUAUUUGAGAUAGACACCAAAUAUGUGCCGAUCAAGCCCAUUGGGCGAGGAGCUUAUGGGAUAGUUUGUUCAUCCAUCAAUCGUGAGACAAAUGAGAAAGUAGCAAUAAAGAAGAUACACAAUGUUUUCGACAACCGUGUGGAUGCACUACGGACCUUGCGGGAGCUGAAACUCCUACGCCAUCUCCGCCAUGAGAAUGUCAUUGCUUUGAAGGACAUAAUGAUGCCAAUACACAGGAGGAGCUUUAAGGAUGUAUACUUGGUCUACGAGCUUAUGGAUACUGAUUUGCACCAGAUAAUCAAAUCGCCUCAGGGCCUUUCUAAUGACCAUUGCCAGUAUUUUCUUUUUCAGUUGCUCCGAGGACUGAAAUAUCUCCAUUCAGCAGAAAUACUCCACAGAGACCUAAAACCUGGAAAUCUGCUGGUGAAUGCAAACUGUGAUCUGAAGAUAUGUGAUUUUGGUCUUGCACGUACAAACAGUAGUAAAGGCCAGUUUAUGACUGAAUAUGUCGUCACCCGCUGGUACAGAGCUCCUGAGCUGCUCCUCUGCUGUGACAACUAUGGCACAUCCAUAGACGUUUGGUCUGUUGGGUGCAUCUUUGCUGAGCUCCUUGGCCGCAAGCCAAUAUUUCCAGGAACUGAAUGCCUAAAUCAGCUCAAGCUCAUAGUGAACGUUCUCGGCACCAUGAGUGAGGCUGACCUAGAGUUCAUCGACAACCCAAAAGCUCGGAGAUACAUUAAGUCCCUCCCCUACACUCCUGGUGUUGCUCUCGCAAGUAUGUACCCACAUGCGCACCCUCUUGCCAUUGAUCUAUUGCAGAAGAUGCUCAUCUUCGACCCCACCAAAAGGAUUAGUGUCACCGAGGCUCUUGAGCACCCUUACAUGUCUCCUCUGUAUGACCCAAGUGCAAAUCCCCCAGCCCAAGUGCCCAUCGAUCUCGAUAUAGAUGAAAAUAUCAGCUCAGAGAUGAUUCGGGAAAUGAUGUGGCAGGAGAUGCUCCACUACCACCCUGAAGUUGUCACCGCAAUAAGCAUGUCAUGAGAUACCACUGCCCCAGGACAUCGGCAGGCUCUCAACUUUGCUUUUUCUCUUUGAUAAAAGUCUACUGCGAUUAGCCGAUUAUGGCGCCUAGCUGUUGUAGUACCCUUAAUGUCUGCUUGGAACCAAUUGCGGCCCCUAGCUGUUGUAGUACCCUUAAUGUCUGCUUGGAUACUUCCGCUUGUGUAAAUAUGCGCCCAAUAAGAGCGGCGUAUGGAUAGAUGUCAUCACUAUGGACCAUUACUUGUUGUAUGUACUAUAUAUCUGUCGACUGUUGUGAUGUUGUAUGAGUUCAUAAAUCAUGAAGCUCUGUUGUAGUAAAA